AUGCAUCGCGAACUUCUUACUAACACCAAAUUACACCCGGACAAAACAAAUAAAACUAACAGACAAGCAAUGUUCCAUCUCGCCAAAGGACUCUACGCAAACUGGAACCGCCGGGAACAGUACUCGAUCCUCAUUUUGGGGCUUGACAAUGCUGGAAAGACUACAUUUCUGGAGAUGCUGAAGAAGGAAUAUUCGAAGGGCUCCAAGUCUCCCGAGAAGAUUACGCCGACCGUGGGCCAGAAUGUAGCCACCAUACCCGUUAAUAACUGCCUUCUAAAGUUCUGGGACGUUGGCGGACAGGAGACGCUGAGAUCUCUAUGGCCGGAGUACUACGCGCAGGCGCACGGAAUUAUCUUUGUAAUUGAUAGCGCGGACCGUGAGAGGCUCGAAGAGUGCUGUCGAACGCUGAAAACUGUUGUUACAGAUGAGGAGGUUGAAGGAAUACCAGUACUCAUGCUUGCAAACAAACAAGAUCGAGAGGACCGCAUGGAAGUUCAAGAUAUAAAAGAGGUUUUUAACAAGAUCGCCGAACACCUGGGAGCGAGAGACAGUCGGGUCCUCCCUAUUAGCGCCUUGAAUAAAGAAGGUGUGAAGGAGGCUGCAGAAUGGAUACUGGUUAGACUAAGGAGAAACAAAGCCAACAAGCCGCCUCAGUACAAAUGA